UCAAUAUUUUCCAUUUAAAAUAAAUAUCGUAGGUAUGGAUUUUAAGCAGUUAAUAUCAGCAGAGGAUCAGCUUCAAGUAAAUCCACUAGAUCGUGCCAUGUACAAUUGGUUAGCCGCUUGGCGUUCUCUGACCCAGGAUUCUCUUCGGCUCCAGACGACAACUAUGAGAUUCCAACAAUUGAUCGAGCUGGCAAAAAAACAAAUCAAAUGGCAUGAGAAUAUCUUGAGGGAUCAGCAAUUUUUAAAUAACAAAGGUAUUACGAAUGACGGAGUGAAAAACUUACUGUGGCAUAAAGAAUAUAGAGAGAGGAUUCAAAACGUAAUCAGCCUGCAAGAUGAACUCUGCUUGGCCCAUAAUACGUUGGAAAAACACAAAUUGCAAUUGAAACGUUUCAAGGAAAAGCUGCUCAAGGAGACAAUAAAAACUCAACGUAUUGAAAAAAGUCUAAAAGAAAGUAAACAUAUCAACAAGAAGUUAAGAAUACGUAACCUUACGCUACAUGCAGUGAAGAAGGACACAGUGGAACUAUACAGAUCCCGAGAUCUAAUGUUCGUUUAUCAGCUGAUCGAGAAGGCGAAGGAAUUAAUUAACGCUCAGAAUAAAACAAAGGCCGUUGCAUCUGUCAGCACGUAUCUACAAACAAAUAUUGAAGAAAUUCAAUUGCAAGAGAGUGUCCUUUUAAGACAGUUGGCAGCUGGAACCGUUGAACGAAAUGCAAAUUUCAAAUAUCGUCAUAUUUUCCUGCAGUAUAUAGACUUUCUGUGGGAGUGUAUGUCGAGUCUGGCCCAUUGUCCUAAAUUGGAGUCACCAUACAAAAAGUUUCAGGAUAUUUUGGAUCACAGCUGCCAGGGCUGCACAGCUGCCAAGCUGGUGGCAAAUUUAUAGAUCUAAAAGCGGAGUAACAAAAUAACUUUAAUAAAUUAAGAAACUUUUCAAUCCAUUUAAA